CUCCCCCCACAUUAGAGUCUCUUGAAGUUGGGGCCAUGCCAUUGAACCUGUUGCAAGACUGGUGUAGGGGGGAGCAUCUGAACACCCAGAGGUCUAUGCUGAUCCUGGGGAUUCCAGAGGACUGUAGUGAGGAUGAGUUUGAGGAGACUCUGCACGAAGCUCUCAAGCAUCUGGGAAGAUACAGGAUCAUCGGCAGGAUGUUUAGGAGGGAGGAAAAUGCCCAGGCCUUUUUGGUGGAACUUGCACGUGAUUUUGACUAUGCUUUGGUGCCCAGGGAAAUAGAAGGAAAGGGUGGGCCCUGGGAAGUGGUUGUAAAACCCCCUCAUUCAGAUGAUGAAUUUCUUAAUAGACUGAAUCACUUCUUAGAAGAGGAGAGGAGAACAGUGUCAGACAUGAACAGGGUCCUUGGGACACACUCUAAUCAUUCACCUACCAAAACGACUAUAUCAGCAGAUUUCUGGGUCUGGGCUCAGACUCUAGGUGCAGUGAUGCAGCCUCUGCUAGAACAAAUGUUGUACCGAGAACUAAGAGUCUUUUCUGGGAACACCAUAUCAAUCCCAGGGUUAUUGGCCUUCGAUUCCUGGCUUGAACACACCACUGAGAUGUUACAGAUGUGGCAGGUACCUGAGGUAGAAAAGAGGCGGAGGCUGAUGGAAUGCUUAAGAGGCCCUGCUCUACAGGUUGUCAAUGUGCUCCGUGCCAAUAACGCUGCCAUUACAGUGAAGGAGUGCCUGGAGGCCCUGCGGCAGGUAUUUGGCUCUGUGGACAACCGAAAAAUCGCCCAGCUGAAGUUUUGCAAGGCUUAUCAGGAGCCAGGAGAGAAAGUUUCUAGCUUUGUGGUGCGUUUGGAGACCCUGCUCCAAAAAGCCCUAGAGAAAAAUGCAAUAUCUCGAAAGAAUGUGAACCAGACCCGCCUGAAACGAAUUUUAGGUGGGGCUAUCCUUUCUGCAAAACUUCGAGAGAAACUUAAGAUGCUGAAACAGCGUAGAAGGCCACCUGGUUUCCUGGCCCUAGUGAAGCUUUUCCGUGAGGAGGAGGAAGAGUGGGAGGCCACUAGGGGUUCAGAGAGGAGCUGCUAUGAGGGGCUGGAGUUAGGCCCAAGUCCCUCUAACAUAGGCAGUGAGGAGAGAGAACUAUUUGUUCCGGCCUUUGGUAGUGUUCUUGAGGAAAGGCCUUACCAGGGUUCCCGCCGCCGCCGCCACAGGAGGAGAGGCCAGCACAGAAAGGGAGGUGUGCCCAGGGAUGAUUCUCAAGGCACAAGAAAGCAGAAUUAUGACACAUUCUGCUAUAGUUGUGGGGAAGAUGGCCAUAUCAGAGUACACUGUUUUAACCCUUCCAACCGGACCUUGGUGAAACAGAAGAGACAGGCUGCAAUGGAGAAGGGAAACAGGAGCUGGGCUUGGGAGAAGAGCCAUCCCAAGCCCAAGACCAAGUAGGCUCCAGGGAACAGGGUAACCUUUGUUCCUGUAAGCCAAGGAGAAAAAAGAGAUAUUUGAAGGAGGGGGAAGAACAGCUCAAAAAAAUCGCAGAGAACCUUAGAAAGGCACAGGGGCAAUGUAAUCAGUCAGAAGUCAAGGCCCCUAAGCCAAUACCAGCUGGAGAAAAUUCUAACAAACAAAAAUCCAUUGCAUUCAACUCAAUAAUGACCACACGCAAGACCUCUAAGAUUCACCAGAGAAGGAAGCCUCAAGGAACUGCUACAGAUGUGUGGGGCCACAAGAACUCAGAUGGGGGUGUCAGCAAAGUGAAGGCAACUUCAAGUCCAUAUGGGGUGUGGAGGAGCCUGCCACAGGGUUGUCUUGGGCAGAGGACACCAGUGCCUGGGAACAAGCACGGCUAGGCAGGGAGACAGUACCCAGGAGAGGAGGCCGCAGGAUCCAGCCUGUCUUCAGGAUCAUCUACACAGCUCUAGGGGAGCCCCAUGAGGGCAGCACCCUUGAGUCCUUUCGUGAGUGAACUCCCCCCGCCCCUGUGAAACCUGCAAGCCUCAGGACCCAAAGGACCCGGGAGGCAAGUGCCAACACAAGGCAGUUUCCUUCUUGACACCCUGACAGGACACUAGUGCCUGAGAAAAGCCCCAGGCUGGGGCACAUGGCACCACAGGGUUAAUGCCCUCAGCUGGCCUGAGAGCCUGGGAGUGUGCAGGACAGGUUUUGUGUGAGCAAACAGGAGCAGCAGAAAGAGGACUCUGUGUGUGGGGCGGGGGCAGGCAGGGGGCGGGGGGGGGGGGGAGAGUUUGUUCUGCUCUCUUUUGUCCAGGGCUGCUGGAGAAUUCCAGAGAGCAAGCAGGGACAGCCAGGUGAAUACAACUCUGCCAGGCAGCUGCCAAGGCUGGCCCCAAACCCUGCCGACCUGGAGGGUGGCCUGGCAGCUUUGCCGAGGUGCCAUCCUCCAUCUGCCACCCAUAACCAAACAGGUGGACAUCACAGAAAAGGCCAUCUCAAGGGUUCUGCCAACUGCCUGGCUCUCCCAACACAAAUGCCCCUUCCUCUUCCCUUUCCCCUCUCCCCCUUCCCCUGCCACUGCUGUCCAGAGGCAGGCUGCCCCCUGCUCUGGAACCCCGCCCCCUUAUCUGUUAACCUCAUAGUGACCCAGCUGUCCAGUGAGUCCCUUCCCCCAUCACGUGCUUACCCACCAUCAGCUGCUCCUGUAUAAAGCUGUGAGUGAGGGCAACUGGAGGCCCUGACUACCUACCUGGUCAGCCACUUCUACACCCUGGCACGUGUUGUGAGCUUCUGUGCCAGCCUAGGCUAUGCUAGCUGCUCUCUUACCCACCUGGUGUUGUGAACUCCUUGUCAGCUUUCCUAGUGUACAUCUAGGCCAGCUGCCUGCUGCUUGUUCUCUUGCAGAUGUGUGUGUGUGCGCGUGUGUUCUAACCUGAUCAGAUGCUCCCCGGAGUUCCUGAGCUCCGUCUGGAAGCCAGCAGGAACCAUGGAUGUUGACAAGAGACUGGCUGAUGCUCAUCUUACGAUUGAUUUCAGUCUGGGACAGGAAGACCUGAACUGGGCAUGGGUAGGGCCUGGGGACUGGGCUGUGCUGAUCCCCUCCUGUUGUUCCUUGUGACUAUCAUUCCUUGGGUUGGUGGGGUAUUCCUUGCUUUGCUUUGUAGUUUCUUGUUACUAUCCUGUGCCAGAAUAGGGCAAGGCCACCCUACAGUGGUAAUCCCUUGUGAGAGUUCCUAAAAGAGUGAGGAAAUUUUAAGAGGUAGCUCUUGGGCCUUUGGGAAGGGAAAAAUAGCAGAGGGAUUCCAUGGUGGUGGGCAGACAAGGCCCAUCUGCGAAGCUCCAGGAGGGUGGCCCAGAACCUGGUGCUUCCAGUGGCUGUGGAGAGGUCCUGUGCUGCUAACCCCUUCUCUUCAAUAGUUUCAGCAAGUGUUUCUGUUCAAUAAACUUCAUAAAUGUUCCA